UUUAUAAAAAAAGUUUUAAUACUUAUUCAUACAAGAGUAAAGAUUUAAAAAAUAUAUGAUUACUCCCCUCCAGUAUAAAUAGCGUAACCAUGGCAACAAUCGUAAACAUGACACAAAACUAGCCCAGGUGAUUGUGCUCUGACAUUAAAGUAUACAAUAAUAAAUUUUUUUUUAUUGCAUUCAGUGACUGCUCAACUAAAUGUUGAUAUCGUGCGUUAUUGUUAUAAUUUUUAAUAUUAUUAUUAGUAUAACUAUUAUUAAAAAUUUUAAAAAUGGUCCAAGUCGAUUGGGACCGGAUUCGUGCUGUCAAAGCGGUAUCUUUGACAGACGACGAAAUCGAAGAUUUAUUUCCAAUGGUCAUUGGAUGUGAUACUGAACAAGUUGAUAAUAUUAAUAAUUUACGCGCUCUUAUUAAAUUAUCUCAAGAAAUGUUACAAUAUAAAGAUAAUCAGGUGGAGUCUUUAGUAUUAGAAUGUGAUGAAUUAAAAGAAAAAAUAUCAAAUAAUUUAACUCCUAAGAAAACUAAAAAAAAUAAUAUUGUAGAUAGCGAUAGUGUGUCUAAAAUAAAUGACAUGACUUCGAGUGAUUAUGAAGAAAUUUUGAGAACCAAAAAUGAUAAAAUCAAAAUUUUGAUGAAUGAGUUGAAGGAAUUUGAAAAAGAGAAUGAUGAAUUAAAAGAAAAGUUAGGAAAUUUGAAAGAAGAAAUGGAGGAUGCGAUUGAAAGUAUGAAUGAAAUGACGGAAGAGUUGAAUGAUUUGAAUGGAAAGUUGAUUAUUUAUAAAGAAGAAGCAACAAAUUUGAAACAAGAAAAAUUAGGUCUUUUGAAUCAAAUUGAUGAAAUGACGGCGCAGCAAAUUGAUCGUGACAAAAUAAUUGACGAAUUUGGUGCUGCGAUUGACGACCGUGUUUCCGAAUGGAAAAAAAUUCUAGACGAUAAAGACGCGGAAAUUUUACGAUUGAAAGAUCAAUUGUCUCAGUCAUUGAUAAAUCCUAUUGCGAAUAGAAAUGUGACCUCCGAAAUUGUUUAUUUGAAUGAAGAAAUAGACAAACGUGAUAAAAUUAUUGAUGAAUUGAAAGUAAAAUUAGCUGAAGCUGCGGCAGAGAUAAAUGACAGCGCGGGUUUGAUUGAGAAACUCAAUAGUGAUUUGAGGAAAAUGGAAAAAAGCGGUAAGAGAAAAGAGCAGCGGGAUUUAUUGAAGAAAAUUCAAGAUGCCAAUGAAAAAAUUUCUAUACUAAACUCAACGUUAAGCGAAACGGAAAAUAAUUUAAUGGCAAAAAGCCAACAGCUGUGCGAAGUUUUGGAUACUUUGAAAAAGUAUCAGAAUAAAGAUCAAGGUUUGACUGAAACAAUCAAUCAAGUCAAAGAAUUAAAAAAACAGUUGCUGGCUAAAAAUAAUCAUAUUCAGGAUUUAGUUAACGUUAUUAAUAAAUUAGAGGCGCUAAAUUCAAAACAAGAGAUUCAAAUUAUUGCAUUGAGAGAAAAAUUAGGAAUAUCAGAUAGUGAAGAAAUUUGUGUCGAAGGAAUCGAGUCUCGUUAUCAAGAAGAAGCGCGAGUUAAAAAUGAAUUAUUAAAACGUACUGAGUUACUUGAACAAGAAAAUUUAGAUUUUAAAUCAGAAAUACGAACGUUAAAAUAUAAAUUAAGUAAAUUAAGUGAUAAACCAAUAAUAAGUAGCCGUGAUUCACCAGAUAAACUAAAGCCAAAUCAAGACAAUACAUCGACAAUAAACUGGACAGACGAAGGAUUCAUAUCCCUAAGGCGCAAGUCUGAGUUUGAUGAGAUCCAAGAAAAUAUGCGGUUUAUUAUCGAAGAGAACGAAGCACUGAGAAAAGGAAUGCACGAAAUACUCGACAGCAUUCACGAUCAAGACGGCAAGAGUUCAAUUGAAAUCCAGUCGGAUAUUUUGGAACGAUUACUCGAAGCACUGGAUGUUAGACAUUUAGCUGGAUGGUAUCACCCAGCAAUGAGGUUGCAAGAACGUCUCAAUGUGAUUCAAGGAAGCAAUAAUGAAUUACGUUCACAAUUAAAACAAUUGAGAAAAGAAUUACAUAAAAAAGACAAUGUCUUAAAACGUGUUGCUCUAAAACAAGAUUAUAAAAAUAGUGUCUCAAAUUCAGAAGAAUCUGACGAAGACGUUAAAUUAUACGCAAUGGAAAUUGAAAAAAUUCAAACGCGUUAUGAAAAUGAUUUUGAUGAAUGGCAAAAAGAGAAGGAAACUUUGAAAAAAGAAAUUAGUGAACUAACAGAGUUGAAAGAUAAAUUUCAAAGUCAAUUAGAAAUUUUUGAAAAUGAUUUGAAAGUAUUUGAGUUCAGUGAGGAUGAGGUAAAAAAAGCUUUUGCUGUUCGUACUAAAGAGUACACUGAGUUGAUAACAACGCAAAAAAUAACUUCACGGAAAAUAAAAUUACUCGAGUCUUUGCUCAAUGACGAGUUGCAAAAAAUGUAUUUUGUUAAGAAAGAAACUGUCGCUAGUGAAAGCGCUUACAAAAAAACCAUAGCAGAUUUAGAAAAAAAUAUAAAAUUGUUGGAGCAGAAAAUACAUAAAUUAGAAGAUAAUUUUUUGAACACAAUCAGUAUCAAUGAUUUUAAUGAAUUGAAUAAAAAAUAUAGCCAACUUAAUUUACGCUACCGUGUUUUGUAUGAAAUUCACUUGAGCGUAAAUCAGAAUAAUAAUAUUAAAAAUGUGGAGAAAAUAAAUUCAGAAUUGCAGGAGCAAUUGAUUGGUUUGCAAAAUUUACUGACAGAAAAAAUAGAUUCCGCGGAAUUUAAUGAAAAAAAUGACAAGACCUUGAGCGAAUUUGAAGAAGAAAUUUCGUACCUGCGUAAUGAAAAUAAUAAUUUAAUUAAAAGUUUAGAAAUUUCCCGAGAUGAAGCGCAGAAACAUUAUCUGGUAAAUUCAUUAAAAAUAUUUGAAGUAGAUGCUCUACGCCACCAAAUUGUCGAUCUGCAAGCUGUCAGUGAAGACAAAGAGACAAUAGCACGCUUAGGAUUUGAAUUAAACACUUGUAAGGCCGCGGAAAUGGAAACAAAUCGCUAUAAAUCAGAAUUAGAACACGAGGUUGCGAAGACUAAGAAAGAUUUGCAAGAAUCGGAGAAAAAAUAUGCCGAAAUUAAAACUCAGUUAGACGAUUAUCGUAAUUAUUGUGAUAAAAAAUUAAAAAAUAAUAAAUUGAUAAUUGAAUUUUUGAGAAAUCAGUACUCGGGGUCGACUUCUGCGACUUCGUUGCAACGUUACGACGAUUUGAUGACCGAAUUGAGGAAAAAUAGGGCUGAAGUUAAUGCCCAGCUUGCAGAAGCUAACGAAACUGUUGAAAAAGCAAAAAUCCAGCAGGAAACUUUGACCAAUAGGCUGGAAGUUGUUGAGAGAUUGAAAGACAUUCUGGAACAGCAGAUCGGUAGUGUCAAUGUCGAUGGUAUUAUUAAGACGUUUUCGGAUAAUUCUCAGAAUACUUUGAAUGAGUAUCGAUAUAAAAGAAAAAUUUCACAAUUGGAAAGUGAGCUGCAGGUGCAAGUUAAUAAGUUGAGUGAAUAUGAAGUUAUUAUUAUUCAAAUGGAAUAUGAAAUGAUAAAUAAUCAAAAAGCUUGGAAAAAUAAUGAAAAUUUUGAAAUUAAAAGUCCUGGGAAAAAAAAUAUCGAUAAGUCUAUUAAAAAAUAUGAUGAUAAAUCUGUCGUGGAAAAACCAAGUGUACAAAAAUCUCUAGUAGAUAAAGGUAUACAAAAUUCUCCAGUAAAAAAUUUAGUAGACAAAUCUGAAAUUGAAAAAAAUGAAAAAGUUGUGGAAAAGAAGUCAAUUUCAACGCAAAUUAUUAUCGAUACUAAAACAAUUGGGAUACAAAAUGAUCUUGGUCUUGUCGAACUGAAACCAGAUAUUCCUUCGAAAACUGCCACAGAAAAUUCCAGUGAAAAAAUUCCAGUAUUUCUACAGGAUCAAUUAAAAGAAGCAUUGACUCUGGCAUCAGAUCGUUCAGCUAAAUUAAUAAAAUACGAAUCACAGAUUACUGAAUACCAGGCAAAAAUUGAUGCGCUGAAUCGGUCAAUUGAAGACAAAGACAGUGAAUUAAUAGAACAUAAACGUGUUAUUGCUCAAAAAUCCUCUGAAAGUAACGAAAAUGAGGAAGUUACGGAUAAAAUAACUUUGAAAUCGACGACUAAUAGCUUGCAGAAGAUAAUUAGUCAAAAGGAAGAAACUAUUUUGCGUUAUCAGAAUUUAUUGAAAGAAGAAAGGGAAGAAUUUAAUAAAGCAACCGUUCGGCUGCAGGAAGAAAUUAAAAACUUAAAUACACAGAUAGAUACUUUAAAAAGUGAGUUAGAAAAAAUAAAAUCAGUAGAGAAUCAAUCAGAUAAUUUAGCCAAAAGUUUGUUUGAGUCUAAAGAAAAUAAGCCGAAAUUCGAUAUCGACUCUGAGGACAAAAUAGCUCGUUUUACAGAACAGGUUUCUAAUUUACAAGCGGACUUGCAGAUCGCCAAUGAAUUGAAUGAAAGGUGGCGCCGGUUAGCCGAAGAAAGACUAGAGCACGUUGAUGAGAUUCGUAACAAACUAGAAUCCCAGCAUAAAAUUGAAUUGGAUAGUUAUCGGCGUGAAAUAGAGAAAUGGCAAUUGGAAACAAGCGCAUUGCGUCAACAGUUGUCAGAUAAUAGAAUUAAAUUGACAAAAGGUAAUAUUACGUUGACGAAAGAGCUUCAAGAACGGGAUAAUAAAAUUGAAGAGUUGACGGUUGCCUAUCAGCAAUUGCAGAGCGAAUUAGAAAUGAUAGAACUGACGCAAAGUCCAUCGCAACAGUGUUCUAAUAAAUUAAGUGACUUAAAUUAUACUUAUGAUCAUGAAGCAUUAAGUCAUACUCAUAAUAAUAAUAACAACAACAACAACAGUGGACAAGGUCAGGGACAGGGUCAGAGUCAUGUUACAGCAGAAUUAGACUUAUUAAGAAAACAAUACAAAUCGUUAAUGGAAAAAGAAAAGAUGUAUAAAGAACAGAUUAUUGAUUUGAAACAGCAAUUGAGCCGUAGGUAUAUGGCAGAAAAAAGCGAAGAGAGAAAAACGUCACAGCGUGAAGCACAGCUGGAGAAAAAAUUAAAGUCUAUGGAAGAGGAAUUGAAUAAAGCGCGAAUCCAAUUGGAUAGGGAGUAUAGAGUGCAAGAGAACAAGAGAAUAAAAACUGCUGAAGAAUUAUCAUUGUGGGAGAAACAAAAAAAAUGGCAAGGAUUGUCAGAAAAACUUAAGAAGGAGUUGAAAGAGAAAGAUGUGGAGCUUAAAAAAUUGAACGUUAGUUAUGAAAAAUUGCGAUCAGUUGUCACGUGUAUGGAGCGUGAAAAAUGGUUUCUGAGAAGUAAAAUUAAGGCGGAAGAUUGCGGAACUGCGAGACCUGAUUUUAAUUUUAGGGUUAUUGAGGAUCUUCAGAGAGAGUGCCAAACAUUGAGAGAUCGGAUUUCUGAGUUGACUGAUAGACUGGAGACGGAGGAUAGUCACCGAUUAGUUGGACAAAUUGAACAACAAAAAAGACGAAUUGCUGCUUUAGAAAUAGCUACCGAGGGAAAUACAUCAAUCGUUGAUCAAUUGGAAGCAUUGGAAGCAGCAAAGUCAGCAUUAGAAAAAAAAAAUAUAAAAUUAGAAAGUGAAAACUUUGAAUUACGCAUGGAACUUGAAAAAGUAAACAAUGAUACGCCGCGUUUGAAAGAAAAAGUUGAACACUUAGAAAAAUAUGUGGAAUUACUUAAAAUUGAAAAAUCGUCAGACUCAUCGGCAUGUUCAUCGGAAAAAGAUCACAAUGAGCAAAAUUCUAAAAAAAAUCAUUUAGAGUUAGAGCAUACGAUUUUUGUACUUAAACGUAUUGUCGAAAAACUUCAAGCAGAGAAUAAGAGACUGAGAGUUAGCAAUAAAAAUAAUAAUCGUUUGAUAAAUAAACGUGGCGCAGCUACAUCGAACUUGUCAAAAUUAGACAAUAAUAAAAUAGACGAUGAUAGUAAUAAAAUUUUAAAAAGACAAUAUGAAGAAGCUAAAAAACGUGUUAUUGCUUUAGAGACUGAUUUACAAUUAGCCGAACAAAGAAUUAAAAUGUUAGAAGAUAUUCACAAAGAAGACACUUCUGCAGAAAUAAAUAUUCUUAAACAACAACUUGCACACAAAUCCGAAUUGUUGGAUAAAGUUAAACAAUUAUUAACACGAGCUGCUAUCAAUGAAAAAGCGCUCCGUCAACGAAUCCAACAAAUUGAAAUGAAACAAACUUUGUCAACAAUCCCCGAGUGUCAACUACCGCCACCAACGCAAAAUUAGAAAUAAUU